AUGGUUCUCUCCUACUCGCCUUCGUUUCUUCUUACUCUGCCGGCGCUUGCGUUCCUCUCGCUCUCUUCCAUCAAUGCAAUCAAUGCUGUGACCAUAUACACCGCUGACGUUGGCGUGGGGAGUCCACCGACGUACUAUACACUCCUGGUAGAUACCGGAAGUUCAAAUACAUGGAUCGGGGCCAACAAGGCUUACACAAAGACCAGCACGAGCCAAAGUACAGGUGAUGGAUUCUACGUUGCAUACGGGGAUUUGUCUUACGCUUUUGGAGAAGAAUACUUGGACACUGUAACGCUCAACUCUGAUCUGGUCAUCGAGAAGCAAUCUAUUGGCGUCGCAUCCGAAUCCACAGGGAUGGGUACUUCUCUGAAUGGACUUCUUGGCGUUGGACCAGUUGACUUAACGGAGGGCACCGUCAUUAAUACAAACCAAGUCCCGACUGUGACGGACAAUCUUUACGCGCAGAAAACGAUUAGUUCAGAAGUACUCGGGGUGUUCUUCUCGCCUGCUUCCUCUGAUGAUAGCAGUGGCGAGCUCACAUUCGGCGGUUAUGAUGCCUCCAAAAUUACUGGAGACAUUAACUAUGUGCCUAUCACAUCAACAUCUCCGGCGAGUGAAUAUUGGGGCGUUGACCAAUCCAUCAGCUAUGGGUCCACGUCAAUUUUGACCAAGACAGCUGGUAUCGUUGAUACAGGAACCACCCUUAUUCUCAUUGCCACUGAUGCUUUCGACACAUAUAAGUCAAAGACGGGUGCAAGCCUUGAUAACACCACUGGCCUGUUAAAGAUCUCAUCCGACCAAUACAACCAGCUCUCAUCCUUAUAUUUCACUAUCGGCAGCGUAACUUACGAGCUCACCCCCAACGCGCAAAUCUGGCCUCGAUCAUUGAACACCGCAAUUGGCGGUACCACCAGUGAUAUAUACCUAGUUGUCGGUGAUACCGGGAGUAAAUCUGGUUCUGGCUUGGAUUUUACCAACGGCUAUUGUUUCCUAGAGCGUUUUUACUCGGUGUACGACAAGACGAACUCCCGAGUCGGGUUCGCCAAGACUGACUACACCUAUGCCACGUCAAAUUAA